AUGUCGACCGCUGCUGCUGCCACUACCGCCCAGGGGCCUGUCGAGGCACGCUCGCUGUCGGCCCAAGUGGAGCGCGAGCGCGAGGAGCAGACACAGCUAAGGAAGGAGGCGCUCGAGGCUGGAGGUGACAUAGAUGAUCCUGGGCACCGAGAGUUUGCACGGUUGAAUAAUGUGCGCCGGAAGCCUGUGGGGAAGGUAGAGGGGGAUGCACCGGAACCGCCGCAGCAUCAAGAGCUGUCGCUGUCUCUGGAGGAGCAAGCGCCUCCUCCUCUACCCCGGCGACCUGCUCCGAUGCCCGUGGUCUCGGCGGAGAAUGUGUCAUUCCCAGGGACGCCAGUUACGACUGCACAAACUGUGGAACAGCCGAUACCGCGGCGACCUCUGCCUCGUCCACCGAACAGUGAAGAGCCAUGGUCUGGUGCUCCGACGACUGGCGACCCGUCCAAGCAAGCCAAUCGGUGGAGCACAUUCGCCGGACAUAUGCACGGUCUGAGGGAGAACCACGAAGGGCCGGUAGCAGGCCGUCACAGUUUGGACUCUCACAGACCACCUUUACCACCCCGGCACUCCCACGGCCGUCCUAGUUCAGCACAGAGAAGCCCCGGGCAGUCGCCUACUCGACAUCAAAGAUGUCAGGACAGCCAUGUCCCAGCAGGCUUCCACAUCACGCUCAUCAGACGCGAUCCCGCAACUGGGACUCAAUGGAACGUGGCAACGAUCUCCACGCCGCGGAUGAACCGCAAUGCCGUUGAUAUCGAGAUCUCUACGCCAGGUUAUAACCGAUUCAUUGGCUCAAAUGAGCCGCUUUCUCUCGCCGAUGUGGCAGCCAAUCUACCCACUGCCUCCGGCCGUCCGGGAUCCUCUUCAAAUAUGCCUCCCCCAGCAACCCAUGCAAGUGCGCAACCGUCAGCGCCCCGCAAAUUCCACCGCCAGCUCUGCGUCUCGAAACCCUACGAUGAAUCUACCGCGCACGGCACCGACUACGCAGAUAGCUCGGCAAUGUCAUCCAGGCUGAAAAGCGGCUACUAUGUCUUCUCCUCGCCGUGGAACGGCACCUGCACCUUCUCCAGCAGUGUCAACGGCCGCAGUCUCAAAUGCAAGCACAUGAUAUCCGGCCCUGGUGGGAAUACACCAGCCUUUGGAGACGCCGACUCGCCUCCAGCCGUGACAGUCGCCGAGCUCCGCUUCAACACGCCCUUCCAGGCAGCAAAUCUACACACCCACAUCAGCCACGCCUCCCACAAAACACAUCCACACCAUACCUCGGUCUUCUCACAGAGCCAGCACACCGACUUAACAACCGCAGACACCGCCAUCUCACCAACCACCCACUCAAAACGCAACUCCAUCUCCCAACUCCUCAACCCAAACACCUACACCCGCCCACGCGCCCAGUCGGGAACAUCUGGGUCUGCAGAUACCAACAACAAGGGCCAUCUCCCUAUCCUCCCCCGCCGCACAUCCCUAAGAACACACCGCUUUCCACGCCAGAACCAAUUCCAAUCCCCGUCCUCUCAUUCGAACCCACAUCAACAUCAACAUCAUCGCAGUAUCAGCACGAGCAGCGGCGGGCCCGACUCCGACGAGGACCGUCUCGAUUUGUCUCUUGCGCGCGAGCCUGCUGGUGGUGGGAUGCGUGGGAAGAGCGCGAAGUUGGGCAAACUUGUUGUUGAGGAUGAGGGGAUCAAGAUGCUGGAUUUGGUGGUUGCGGCUUGUAUGGCUGUUUGGUGGCGGGGGUAUUAUUAUUGA